CUCACUGCCACCCAUUCCCGCAACCUCUGAUAACACCUCCUAAAAGCAGGCCGCCAGUGACCAGGGAGGGUCCUCGCCGCCGCCGACAUGGCCCAGACUAUUGCUCCGACGCCCCCUUCGCCGCUCAUCCUCUCUGAGCCCGACACGUCGCCUGGCCCCUUCGAAGGACCAGAGAAGUUGCUGGAGGUUUGGUUCGCACCCACCCCCGACGCUCUUGUCGGAGACCACGUGGACCAUGGGUCGCCCCUCUCUUCACACCAUGCCACCGCCAACGGCAACGGCGUAAGCAACUGCCACAGUGCCAACGGCUCCAGCGCUCGCCGCCGUGCGGGCGUCUCCUCGAAUGGCCAACCUUUCCAGGGCCUCCGCACCGUGCCCCGUGCAGUGUGGGAGGAGAUGCUUGACAUUGUCAAGUGCAAGGUUCUCAGUGUCAUCGAGGGAGACGACCUCGACAGCUACCUCCUCUCCGAGUCGUCUCUCUUCGUCGCUCCCCAUGUCGUCAUACUCAAAACAUGCGGCACCACGCUCAACCUCCUCGGCUUGAACCGCAUCCUCGAGAUUGCCCGCGAGUACUGCGGCUUCUCCAGCGUCUACCGGUGCUUCUACUCUCGCAAGUCGUUCUUCUUCCCCGAGCGCCAGCAGGGGCCGCACCGCGACUGGACCGAAGAGGUCAAGUUCCUCGACAAUGUCUUUGGCAACGCCGGUUCCGCCUACACUGUUGGCCCGAUUAACCGCGACAACUGGCUCCUUUACAUUACGGGGGCGAACCCCGUCGCGCUCGUCCCCGCUGGGCCUGAGAGACCACUCGCACUCCCACCACCCUGCACUGGGCCGCCCGACCAGACGCUCGAGAUUCUGAUGUCGCACCUCACGCCAGCCGGAGCUGCGCCGUUCUUCCUGCCCGAGCUUCCUGCGGGCUCGCCGCCCGAGUCGCGCUCAGGGCACGAGCUGGGUACGGACAUUUCGGCCCAGCUUGGCAUCGACACCCUGUUUCCCAAGAGCGAGACGACGCUCGACAGCUUUGGCUUUGAGCCCUGUGGCUACUCUGCCAACGCGGUCGUCGGCUCGGGUCUCAACUGCAACAAGGGUGACGGCGGAUACUUUACUAUCCACGUCACACCUGAGGACGGCUGGUCGUACGCGUCGUUCGAGUGCAACGUGCCGCUGCCGCUGCGCGCCAACGACCCCAGCGGGCGCCCCGACAUGCCGUCGCUGAUUCGCCGCGUCGUCGACAUCUUCCAGCCGAACCGCUUGACCAUCACGCUGUUCGUCUCGACGGGCGAGGACUCGCCGGCCGCUGCCGCCCCCGCCACCAAGGUCAUUGGCGCCGACCUCUUCGACGGUGCGUUUACCCGCAAGGACCGCAUCAUCUACGAGUUCGAGGGCUACGACCUCCUCUUCGCGUGCUUCGAGCGCCGUGGCUGGACCCCGCCGCGCUCGCCCACCGCCACCAACAAGCUCACCCUCCUCCCAUGACAAGGGGGUGCGAGGGAAAUGCACCAAGUCGCAGCAUACAACGCUGCACCUAAAAGGUCCAAACACGGUCAUUACGCACCACCAGACGAGUCGAGGGAGGGGGAGUGAUACCCAUUACUAGACGCCCCGGGGGGAAACCGCAAGCCUGGGUAAUACUGAACAGGCUCGCACCCAAACCGCGUCCUACACGGCACCCCCACGUCGUAGACGCCUCUCGGGGUAGAUAUUCGCGGUCUGCUGUAGGCAGCCGCAUCGGUUGGGAUGUACUCUUGGUACGAUAUGGCUUGGUAGAUGUGGUCAGCGAGUAGUUUGAUGGUGUGAACAGCACCGACAAUCUGGCGCUCUACUACCAGUGGCAUGCUCUAAGAGUGUACAACAGUCUAUGAUCAAUGCGAUGAUGUACU